AUGGGUGAAGAAACUCCAGCUGCGACCGAUGCCGCAGCGGCCGCUGCCGCCUCAGGUGCGACCUCACCACCUCCACCGGCUGAAAAAGAGAAGAAGGAAAAGAAGGAAAAGAAGGAAAAGAAAGAGAAGAAGAGCGAUGAUGCUGGUGAUGCUCCUGCCGAGGAGAAGAAGGAGAGCAGCAGCGGAGGUGGAAAACGAGCGCAACGAGCAACCUCCAAUGUGUUUGGCAUGUUCCCGCAAAACCAGAUCCAGGAAUUCAAAGAGGCCUUCACACUGAUCGAUCAGAAUCGUGACGGUUUCAUUGAUAUUGAGGAUUUGAAAGACAUGUACGCUUCUCUUGGUCGCACACCAAGUGAUGCAGAACUGAAGGAAAUGUUGGACGAAUCGCCUGGUCCUCUGAAUUUUACCAUGUUCAUCAACUUGUUCGGGGAAAAGUUGAACGGUACGGAUCCGGAAGAUGCCCUUCGAAAUGCGUUCGCCAUGUUCGAUCCAGGGAACAAGCGAUACUUGGAGGAAGAAUACAUCAAAGAUCUUCUUCAGAACAUGGGUGACAACUUUUCCGCAGAAGAGAUUAGACAAACCUGGAAAGAAGCACCAAUCAAAGAAGGCAAAUUGGAUUACGAUCAGUUUGUCACACUGAUCAAGCGCGGCAACCAAGACAUUUAG